AUGAAGUGGAAGAGGAUUCUUCCCAUGGCAACAACUCUGGCCAGAGGCUUCGAGCCUGUGCGUGGCACUGGAGCACGUCACCGUGUCGAGCCAUGGCCUGUCUCUGCCCACACUGGGAAGUUCAAUCGAUUGGUUCUCCCUCCUGAGUCUCCAGAUAAGCAGUUUGUGCUGUUUGUGGGGGACUCGCAUCUGCGUUCGUUGGUUGACCGUUACGUGAGGAUGCCAGACGGUUACCUUUCGUUUGGGUUCCUGUCUACGCCUGGGGCGUCUGCCGCUGAGCUCCGCACUGAGUUGCUGAACGCAGACAUCCCCAGAACCCCCGACAUCGUUUGCUUGCUGGCUCCAAGCAACAACCUCACGGCGACGCCCGGCAUCGAAGCGGCUGGAGUUGCCUUCGAUGGACUUCUGAGAGCUGCCCACAGUCGAUGGCAUAAGGUAAAUUGUAUAGUGUAUAGUCCCCGGCUGGCGAGUGAAUUGGCACCGCAACAAUUCCUUCGAGAGGAGUUUCGUCGCGUUGCAGCAAAGAACGAUGUAAAGUACUGCGUCACAGCUGACCGCUUUCCGCUGGACUCGCGUGCCUUGUGGAGUCGUGAUGGGAUCCACCUGAGUGACGAUCUGGGGAUGCCGCUUCUCGCGAAGCUUCUGUGGCACUUCUCCUUUCGGCAGCUACAGUCACCUCUGCCUGUUCCACCUCCGCCUGUGUCUCCUCCCAAGUCACCCCCGACUGUGAGACCCUUUGCUACCACCGUGGUUGUGAAGGGAGAGGUUUCACGUCCACGUCCCCUUGACCCCUUCAAGGAAACUGUCGUCGGACGUCGCGGAAAGCGCAGCCAACCUGAGUCCUGGGAUGCGCCUGAGGACUGGGAUCAGUCUUCCGUGCGGAUCCUUCCUCAUGAGGUUUGUACAUUGGUUUGUGUGCCUCCUCUGGUCCUGAGGGAGUGCUUUGUCGUGCUAAACCCUAUCCGGUUUAGCACUGACAAGUUGGCUGCAAUGGAUCGCAUUGUUCCAUCCAACCUUGACGUCCCCAUGGGGAAUCGCUCAAAGAAACGGAAGGUGGCACAUGGAACCACGGCUGUGGUCUCCAAAGGAAAGAAGGCCCGCCUUGAGGUUGGUAAUUUCUCAUUGAAAUAUGUACUUGUUUUUUGGUUGAAACACAGGAACAACUAUUUUUUGAUUUCGCCUUUAAUACAAGAGAUAGUCCAACAUUCUCUGUGUAGGUAUUGUUUUGCCAAUGAUUUACAAUUAUUUUCCAGGCACUUCAAACUCCAGCAAGGAUUGCCAAACCUUCGAAGCUGGUACCUCCCCCUCGACCUGUGCCAGAAGCUGCUGUACCAGCCACUCUGGAGGGCAGCGUCUUUGUGCCUUCGAACAAGGCCAGACAUGGCAGGUGAAUAG